UCCACCAGAUGUUCAACCUCCUCCCUGUACUCUGACUCAUCAUUGUUUGUGAUGUGUGCCACCACUGCUGUGUCGUCUGCAAACUUCACUGUAUGACAGCCUAGGGAAUAUUAUCUGGAUUUUUAUAGUCUUAAAAUAACCCUUGAAAAAACCUCCUCCUCCGGUGUUGAUGAUCUUUCCCAUUAUUCGGCAAAGAUUGUACACCUGUUUCCUUUACAGUAUGGUGAUUUGAUAGCCUCUAUUUGUUUGCAUAAAUCAUUCACAGCACAGUAAAUAGCUUGCUCACACAAAAGCAUCGUAAGUGAGCGAACAAAAUGAGAAAGCCAUUAACCCUACACUGUCAUUUUACAGCUGUUAUGUCUCCAGUCACAUUUCCUCGUUUCAACAAGGACUUUGCCCUUGACUGCACUGUUUGCUCCUGUCAGCUGUGUGGUAUGUGUGUUUGAUUGGCUUCUUUAAUGAGGAAUUACCAAGGCACACUUGCGUGACAUCUAAUUUUACAGAGAUAGAGAAUCUUUAUAUGUGCACAGCGUUACAUUUUUUUGUGGCUUCACUCCAUUCACAAACAUAAAUGAUGCCAAUGCAUUUUUUGUUACGUUUUAUGAGUUAAUACUUAAACAGGUCACUCAAAGUGUGAAUGGGUAGGACAUGCAGUAGCCUACAUAUGUGCUCGCUGGAAUAAUAGGUGUUUUUGUUGAACAAGUAUCAUUGUUAUGUGUGUAUACUGUAACCGUGUCAUGACUGGUAUGAUGUGGACAAAACACAAGCUCUCUGUAUUGCAGUUAUUAUUAAUUGGGACUAGUAGUGGUUAGGACAAGGAAGUUGAUCACAAUGUUUGAAUAAUGAAAACCUGGUCUGCUUUAUGGGUGAGUGGGAUUAUGUCAUUUUGGGAAUACACACUUUACUGUAUGUUAUCCGCCCCUUACAGUGUUGUGCCUCAACACUUGUGUCUUGUGUUACAGGUUUUCCCACACACACACACACAUCAACACACAUACAUGCACACACUCACACAUGCGCACACAAACAUUUUGUAAGCUUGAUUUGACAUUGACACCUACUGGGUGUGGAAAGACUGGCUUUUAUAUCGUUGGUCUGCCUCUUCCAGUCUCACUGCCGAUCUUGUCAAGUUCCAGUAAAGAGUCAUUGAGCGGAGGCAGCAGCAAGCAACCAUUAUUGCUGAUUAACACAACACACUCAAGAUGGCAGGAGAGAGUGUGCCCGAGGGUCCCGACCUGAAGGAGAUGGGCGAGGAGGAACUGUGGGAACUCAUUAAUGAUAACCGCCAUCGGCUCUCCUUGGGGGUGAGGCCAUGCAUCGUGAUCCCGUACCUCAGGCAGGCUAGGGUGCUCACUGAAAUGGAUGAGGACGAGAUUCUCUCCAGCCACAACCUCACCAACCGCUCAAUGAGAACAAGCCAUAUGAUGGAUCUGCUGCGGACCCAGGGUAGGAACGGUGCUGUGGCUUUGCUGGAAAGCCUGAUGAUCCACUACCCAACCCUCUACACUCAAGUUACUGGACGCAAGCCCAGCACGGAACCCUCAAGAUUCAGUGGCCUGAUAAAGUAUUCCGAACUGACCGAGUACCUUAUUAGAGCAGUGACCGGAAUGCAGAAUGAGCUUUGGGAGGCUCGUUGCGAGGCUGGCAAAAUGAGUGCUCGCUGUGCCGCUCUAGAGUCUGAGAUUCAGCAGAUAAUGGACCACGGGGAAAAGUCCAGGUGCCUUCAGUUGGAAUGUGAGCGCAUCCAUAGACAUUUGUCUUCACUGCAACGUGAAGUCACCCAGUUGAAGGACGAGAAGUGCGACUUGUAUGUACGCUAUACUGCAGCUAUAGAGGAAAAAUCCGCUAUGAGCAUGCGCCUCCAUGACCUCAAUUUACAGAUAUAUCAGCUGCAAACAGAACUGCAAAAGGCCCAAACAGAGAGUGACUUCCAGAAACGGCGCUCUCUCAGAUGCGUCCCUUUAGCUGAGGCGUCUCAACUGCAAGAGGAAGUGAGGAGUCUGCGCUGCCAGUUAGUGAAGAUAGAAAAACUGAACCCAGCUCAUCAGGAUAUUCUGGCCCAGGACCUGGCUGAAGCUAUUGAUAGCCAGGUGGAGCUUGCAGGUCAGCUCGGGUGUUACAGAGAAGAGAAUGAACAGAUGCACAGAGAGAAACAAAAGCUUCUGGAUCAGAACGAGUGUCUGACCCUUCAAGUGCAGCAGCUGACCCUUGACUGUAACAUGCACCAGCAGAAGAGCACUGUGAUCCAGAACCAGAUGAGACAGCUGCAGACAGAGAGAGACCAAGCAUACCUUUCCAGAAACGAAGCCCAGACACAGAUCGCCUGCAUUCUGGCUGAGAAGGACAUCCUGAGGUCUCAAAUGAUGGAGCUCCAGGAGAGAGCGUUUAGUGCACAUGCCAAACACAACAAAGAAUGGCAGAGCUCUAAUGAGAAUGGGAUUGGCUGGGAGCAUCCGAUAUCCUGCUCUGAAAAUUCGUCAUUCCCAAAUAGACGCAGACUUUGCCGCAUGGAUGAAUCGGUGAAUUCCUUUACAUCAGAGUGUGAAGACCCAUUGGCAAGUAGCGUCCGAUCCAGAAAUGUAGAGCCUCCCAGUCCGCAGUCCCUCCGCAGAAGAGAGGGAGCUCUUUAUGAAGACAGCAGCAUGGAAACAGCGGAGACUGAUGAUUCUUCAUUGGACGACUUUGAGAUCCUCCCCAGUGAGUUACGUGAAGACCAAAGCCCAUCAAGACAAUAUGCUCCCGGUGGAAAUAAAAACACAUACAGCCUGGAUAAAAAUUCUGUACCUCCAUUCCUCGUGCGUUCGCGUCCUAAAGCAAUGCGCAUCAGUGGCCGCGUAGUCACCAUUGCCUUCCAAGGGGAGAUGCUGCUAAAUCAGAUUGCAGUGAUAGGGGGCAAUAAGACUGGGGUCUUUGUGCAUGAAGUAACAGAAGGGGGUGCUGCACAUACUGUGGGUAUCACCCAUGGAGCACAAAUAGUGGAGGUGAGGUACCAGCAGGACCAGAAAGCGCUAAGGAUGGUGCUGGAGGAUUCCACUUCAGAGGAAGCUCUGUGGGCACUUGGCCAGGUUACUGGUCUCUGCCAUCUCUCUUUACGUCCCAGGCAAGAUGACUAUGAGGCACUGCUGCAGCAACUGCAGGAGAGUGAGAUGUCAUCAGGUGACUCUUUCUAUGUGCGUGUCAACGUGACCAUCCCAGCAGGUUCCAAAGGGACACUGACUGUGUCCUGCAAUGACAUUUUACAUGUGACCAACACACGCCCGACGGACACUGAAGACUCGUGGUACGCCAGUCAGGUUCAUCCCUGCCAGCUUCUGGCCCUCCAUAGUGGAUUAGUACCCAACUACUACAGAGCACAGCGACUUCUUAUUCGGGCUAUUGAAGAAAUGAACUUUGAAACGUCAAAGUCUGUAAAGGAAGGCCAUAUGGUGGCUCAGAAUACACAGAAAGCAGUGAGGAUUGUCAGCACAGGUCGCCAGGGCCGCAACCCUCUCUGGGUCAGCGUAGAGAAUGAAAAGAGCAAGAGCACAGACUCGGAUGAAACAUCGGCACCCAGAAGCUGUCUAACCCUCAUGCCCUAUUCACCGGUCACACCACACUUCCCACCCAUCUGUCGCCCAGUCCUGUUACUACCAUCUGUCCUGGGACGCAUUCUCGAUAAGAAGGUCACAGAAUGGCAAGGCUUUGAGCUCUGUGAACCUGAGAUGUUGAGCUCCAGUGACCAUGCAGCCCGACUGCAGAAGUCCGAGCUCCUGGAGGAGUGUGAACAGGGAAGAAACUGCUACUACACCCUGCAGAGUGUAGAAAAAGUCAUGAAGAAGGGUAUUCACUGUGUAUUGCCUCUUGGGCUGGACUGUGUACGUCGCCUACACAGGGCAGAGAUCUUCGCGAUUAUCAUCUUCAUCAGCCAGUCACCACGCAGUGCGCGUAAACUCAGGUCAAAGCUUCACCGUCUGAACUGGUCAGAGGAGCAUCUGCUGGUGUGUUCCAGAAGCGAGGAGGCGCUUUUGGACAAACUGCCAUGUUUGUAUCAUCGCGUGGCUCCUGACUCGUGGUGUGACCAGACGUCACUACUGACCAGGUUGCGCACCGUCAUCUGGGAGGAGCAGAGGAAGAUUGUGUGGGUCGAGCCUGACCUGUGGUAAAAGUAGAAAGGGGAUGAAUUUAAAUAUGUUUUUGCUAAAGACAAUUACAAAAUAUUUGUAAACACAAGUAUGUAUCUAUGAUACUUAAACAUAAGUGUGUGAAAUAAAUGCCCUGGUAAUUUGAUUUACAUACAGUAAUAUAAUUGCAUGCAGUCACUGACCACAAUAUAAGGAACUUUACAUCUGAACAACCUGAUGAGAUCUACUAUAAAGAAAAUAAGGUUGUUGAAUGAAACAAUUUUGACAUUGACAUCGAUCUGGGUGAACCAGCUUGUUUUUUUGCAUAUUCAAGAAUAGUAUAAUUUUUCCAAUGGGUUAAUAUUGCAUUUUGAAAUACAUUGUGGUUAUAAUUUGCAGGGCACGGUAGACGACAGGUUAGCACGUCUGCCUCAGAGUUUGGAGGAAUGUGUAGGUUGCAUGUUCUCCCCAUGCCUGCGUUGGUUUUCUCCAGUUUCCUCCCACAUCCCAAAAACAUGCAAGGUAGGUUAAUUGAAGACUCUAAAUUCCCCGUAGGCGUGAACGUGAGUGUGACUGGUUGUUUGUUUAUAUGUGCCCUGCGAUUGGCUAACGACCCGUUCAGGGUGUACCCCGCCUCUCGCCCACAGUCAGCUGGGAUAGGCUCCAGAAUACCUGUGACCCUGGUGAGGAUAAGCGGUACACAGAAUGGAUGGAUGGAAAUUGGAUCCCAUUAGGUUGUGCAGACACACGUAAUUAAAUGUUUGCUUUCGCCUUAUUUAAACAUAUACUUUAUAAUGUAAACCAUAUUAGUUAUGUUUGUAGCCUGCUGACAUUUGCUCAACAUCUUCCUCCUUUUACCGUCAAAUAAUCAAUGAUAUUUUCUAAACAAACUACUUUCCAUUUUGGUGAAAAUUUCUGCUAAAUUGUGUUACAUAUGAACACAAGGUUAAAGAAACAUUUUAUCACGAUUUUAAAGUCAUGGUGAAAGUCUGGUACUUCAAGCCACCGAUGACCAAAAGAUUUAACAUAAACCAUUUUCUGCCUGUGGAAAUUCAGACAGUGAAUUUUUGUGUAGGAAACACUUUCCCUUGUGUAUCCAUUUCACAGUUUGUAAAAUAUGUAAAACAUUUGAGAGAAUAAAUGUUAAAAAUCUCAAAACUUUGUCAAAUGAUUAAAGUAUGCCAUGUC